UGUGCAUUAUCUAAAAUAUUCUUAGGAUAUCAUCCAAUCUUUAUUUACUUCGAGAUAAGGAUAUAGCUAGAUGGCGUUCCAUGGCUCGUAUACGAUGGCUGCGAUGUGUGUCCGUCGUAGUGAGAAGAGCACGCGGGAUGAGGAUUUGCUCAAACGCUGACGCUUAUCUGCAAUUGUUGCCGCCUGAGCCAUCGAAUAUAAGUACUACAAUGUCCAGUGACUCCUACGAAGUCAAGCCAACCUGCCAGUACUCUCACGAGUCUGUCUUUGCCUCUCAUCACGAUGGACCCUGACCCAGAGGCUUUGAAGGAACUGCCAACACUGGCGACGGUGAAAGAAAAAUCUCAACAGACUCAAGAUUCGAUCUACAAUAUCCGCCCAUGGAACAACAAUCACUUGGAUCGGGCCAUUAGUACUGUGAGCACUAUUGGCGAGGAUGAUGACCCAGGCUUGCGCAGACCUACAGACUUCAAGCAAAGACAGGAUUUCUCCGGCAAAAUGCUUCUUUGGCUCGCAUACCAGUCAAUUGGUGUCAUAUACGGAGAUAUUGGAACCAGCCCGCUCUAUGUCUAUUCGUCUACGUUCACUGAGGCGCCGUCUCGCCAAGACCUCAUUGGAGUGCUCUCCAUUAUAAUCUGGAGUAUUACUAUUAUGGUGACCAUAAAAUAUAUCUUCAUUAUCCUUCACGCGGAUAACGAUGGAGAGGGAGGUACAUUCAGCACAUAUUCCCUGCUCAGUCGCUAUAUGAAUAUCACUCAUCGAGAUCCUCGAGAGGCAUCCCUUGUGCAGAUGAAGAGACACUUGUCAAUUGAUCUCGAGAGCUCCAGCAGAUUUGCUAGACACAGCCUGGAAACGAGCAAGUUCGCGAAGCGCCUACUGAAAGUCGUAGGAGUGCUGGCCGUUACGAUGGUUCUCGCGGAUGGCCUUCUCACUCCCGCUCAAUCCGUGCUGGGUGCCGUCCAGGGAAUUGAAGUUGUUUCUCCAAACAUAUCCAAAGGCACUGUCAUUGGAGUCACGGAUGCUAUCUUGGUCAUCUUGUUCUUGCUACAGCCACUUGGUAUCACGCGGGUUACGUUCGCCUUUGCCCCAAUAGUCAUAAUUUGGCUUGGUUUCAACGCUGCGUUUGGAAUUUAUAACCUUGCUAAAUAUGAUGCUGGGGUCUUCGUCGCCUUCAACCCCGGUUAUGCAUUCACAUUUCUGAUCCGACACGGCGAAUCAGGAUGGAGAAUGCUCAGUGGUACUUUGCUUGCCUUUACCGGAGUCGAAGCUCUUUUUGCCGAUCUUGGUGCUUUCAGUCGUCGGGCUAUCCAGAUAAGUUGGCUAUGCUAUACAUUUCCCUGUCUACUUCUGGCAUAUAUCGGGCAGGCUGCAUACAUCAGUGUGCAUCCAGAGGCAUACUCGAAUCCGUUCUAUAACGCAGCUCCUCCUGGCACCAUAUAUCCUGCGCUUGUAAUUGCUAUCCUAGCCGCUAUAGUUGCGUCGCAAGCAAUUAUUACUGCCACAUUUCAGCUACUAGCGCAAGUGAUGAAGCUUUCAUAUCUUCCGCAAUUCAAGGUUGUUCAUACGUCCGAUAUAUUCCACGGACAGCUUUACAUACCGCUUGCGAAUUGGCUAUUGAUGAUCGGGACGAUACUUGUGGCAUCUAUCUACAACAACUUCGCUAAUCAAGUGCAGACUACAUCUCUUGGAAACGCAUACGGAGUGUGUGUCAUCUUCGUGACCUUCUUCGACACAUGCAUGGUUGCAAUGGUAGCAAUGUUCGUGUGGCGGAAAAGCCCGUACCUUGUCUUCUUGCCCUGGCUUACAAUUGCUUGCUUUGACGGGGCAUACCUAUCUUCGGCACUAACAAAAGUCCCCACUGGCGCAUGGUUCACUCUCGCCGUGGCCACCAUUCUCGCCUUGCUCUUUCUCCUCUGGCGAUUUGGAAAGGAGCAGCAAUGGUUUGCUGAAGCGGAAGAUCGCUUCCCCACGUCGCAUUUCGUGACCAAAGACCAAGAUGGCAGCAUUCGUCUUACAGAUAGAUUCGAUGGUGCACCUUUGAGCACCACUCAAGGUGUGGGGAUAUUCUUUGACAAAGCUGGAGAGACCACUCCUAUCGUCUUUAGCCAGUUCAUCCUGAAGCUCACGACAAUGUUUGAGACGAUAAUCUUUUUUCAUCUACGACCUCUCGAGACUCCAUCAGUCCCUAUAGAUGAUCGCUACACUGUAUCGAAACUUGCAAUUCCAAAUUGCUACCGCCUGGUUGUCCGCUACGGCUACAAUGACGAGAUCAUUUCCCCGAAUCUCGCUAGUACCAUCACUGAUCAGGUCCGCAAGUAUUUGAUCGAGCAUAGACAUACCACUGCUCCGACGGAAGCCAGCACGAGCAUAAGUCAGCUGAGUCGGGACAUAGGCCAGGAUUCGACGAGUGCUGAAGAGUCCCGGACGAUCACUGGCCGAGGGAGGCCGGUCGAUCCGGUAGCACUGCUGGAGAAGGCCUGUGCACAUAAUGUGCUCUAUAUCACUGGCAAGGAGCAGAUGAGAGUCAAGAGGGGUACGAACAUUCUUAGGCGAUUUGUGCUGGAGAUCUUUCUAUGGAUUCGGGACAAUACCCGAGCGAAGAUUGCUUCGUUGGGACUGGGAGCCGAGAAGGUGAUUGAAGUGGGGUUCUUGAAGGAUAUAUGA